UCAGUCUGAGAACUUGAUAAUAAUUGUGUUUUGUCAUAAAUUAGACAGAAUCAUUAAAAUUAUUGUCCAUUCAAAACAAUGCUGAAAUGUCCAAUCAUUCUUCUAAAAGCUUGGAAGAAAUAAAGAAAUACGAUGAAAAACAAGACUCAAAUAAGGUAUAUUCGCAUUCAACCUCUGAUCUGAAGAGAAAGAGGAGUUUACGGAGUGAUAUUCAUAGUGACGAAUUGAAUGGGAAAUAUUCAAAUUACGAUGUGAAAAGACGCAAGAAAGAGGAACAAAAACAAACCAUUCCUGACGAUGUACCGUCUUGUAGUAAGGAAAAGAGUAUUGAAUCGAAGUGUACCAACCUUCAACAGUUUCUCCAAGAAGAACUAACAUGUAGUAUAUGCUCUGAACUGUUCAUGGAUGCUGUUACCCUUAACUGUUCCCAUAGUUUUUGUGAUUUCUGCAUCAUAAAAUGGAUGAAAGAGCAGUCCACUUGUCCCAUAUGCAGGAAGCCAAUCGAGAGCAGAAAUUCUUCCUUAGUUUUGGAUCGAUGCGUCGACAAAACAUUGGAACAUCUACCACAAGAAUCGAGAGAACAUAGAAGAAUGCUGGCCAAAGUCAGAGAAAACCAGAAGGACAUUGUUCCCCCAGUUCUUGAUCCCGCUGAUCCUGAUGCCGAGCAGAUGAUCAAUGAUUUCCUUUGUUGGUUUGGAGUUACAGAAUUUAUGGAAUUUUUUGAUAUUAGGAAUCAAGAUGAUGACCGUGCCAAUUAUAACCAAAACGAGAACUGUACUAUAAGUUAGGAAAAACUGUAUUUUUGAUCAAUAUGAUUAAUUUUUUUAAUUGUUCAUCCGAUGAAGUGAGUGCGAAUAUACAUCCAGUAAAUGUGAAGGACAUUUCUUAGCGCAAGAGUUAAUUUUUUGGAAAAUAUAGAGACUUUUAUACGAU